AUGGGUUGCCGCGAGCCCGCCGGCGAGGCCGGCUGGGAGUCCGGCCUCUUCGACCGCGGCAGCUGGGUCGAGGCGCAGGCCGGCUGGGCGCGCAGCGUGGUGACGGGCCGCGCGCGCCUCGACGGCGUCCCCGUGGGCGUCAUCGCGGUGGAGACGCAGACGCAGACGCGGCACGUGCCGGCAGACCCCGGGGACCCGGCCAGCUCGGAGGUUGACAUCCCGCAGGCCGGGCAGGUGUGGUGGCCUGACUCUGCGGACAAGACUGCCCAGGCCAUGGAGGAGUUUGACCGGGAGGGCCUGCCCCUGUUCAUACUGGCCAACUGGCGCGGCUUCGCGGGGGGGCAGAGGGACCUCUUCGAGGGCGUGCUGCAGGCCGGCAGCCUCAUCGUGGAGCAGCUGCGUGUGUACCGCCAGCCGGUGUUUGUGUACAUCCCAGGGGGCGGGGAGCUGCGCGGGGGAGCCUGGGUCGUGGUGGACGCACAGAUCAACCCCACCCACAUUGAGAUGUAUGCUGACCCCAAUGCCAGGGGGGGUGUUCUGGAGCCUGAGGGCCUGGUUGAGAUCAAGUUCAGGACACCAGACCUUAUCAAGGCCAUGCACAGGUUGCUUGACCCCGCCAUCGCCAAGCUGAAGGCCGAGGGCGGCCCCCUGGCUGAGGCGGCCAUCAAGGCCCGCGAGAAGGCGCUGCUGCCAACAUACCAGCAGGUGGCGCGCCAGUUUGCGGACAUGCACGACACCCCGGCCCGCAUGCACGCCAAGGGCACCCUCAAGGGCGUCGUCGCCUGGCGGGACGCGCGCAGCUUCUUCGCGGCGCGGCUGCAGCGGCGGCUGGCGGAGGAGGCGCUCCUGCGCCACGUGGCCUCAACAGACACGGCGAUCUCGCGCCACGAUGCCAUCGCCAUGGUGGCCUCCUGGCACGCCCCCGACGCGCCGCCCGCGAACGCUUCCGUCCGCGCCGCCGCCGCCGCCCCUGCCGCCGUGCAAGGCCCCGCCGAGCUGGCGGCGGCGGCCGCGGCGCAGGCCGGGGCUGACCGCGCGUUCCUGUCCUGGGCCGAGAGCCCCGCCGGCCGCGCGCGCGUCACGGCUGAGCUCAGGGCUCUGCGCUCCCAGGCGGCCAGCCGCCUGGUGGUGGACAUGCUGGGCACGGCUGAGGGCAAGGAGGGGCUGCUGCGGGGGCUGCAGGCGGCGCUGGGGGCGGACGCGGGGCUGGCGGCGCAGCUGCGGGCGCUGGUGCCGCGCGCGUCGGCGGGGCUGUGA